AUGCAGGUUCUCAAUCAACUGCCCCUAGAUUGUCUGCUCCUCCUCGCAGACUAUCUACCCCUGGGGCGAGAUAUAAGCGCCCUCGCACGCACAAACCGCCGAUUAUACUACGCACUCAACCCCUAUCUCUACCGGCACAACAUCCGACACCACGGAAAAGUUGCCGUGCUCUGGUGGGCAAUCCUGCGGGCAGAAGUAAAUACAGCGCGCCAUUCAAUUCGCGCGGGGGCCGAUCUCCACAUAAAAGAUGAAAUCUAUUAUGACACCGGAACGGCACUGCACAGGGCUGUGCGAGCCCGGUAUGAAUGGAGAUCGCGGUGCGAGCUCAACCCAAAGAUCGCGCGCCGGCAGGGCGCGAAACAGGUCAAAGACUAUGAUGCGAUGAUCUCAAUGCUGAUUCAGGAGGGAGCGGAUGUCAACGCGAGUAAUUCUUUGGGUUUGACACCCCUCCAUACCGCGGCGCGAGCUGGAGACAACCAACUGGUCAGCUUGCUCGUUGAUGCAGGUGCGGAUAUUUCGGCCCGGGCGAAAAGUGGUGAGACGCCCUUGCAUACGGCAGCAAGCUAUGAUGGGGAGGGACCGGGGGCAGUGGGUUUGGUUUUAGAGAAAGGAGGUGACGUUCAUGCCCGGCGGAAGGACGGGCGAACGGCACUGCAUGAAGCGGCCCGGGCAGGAGGAUCAAAUGCUGCUGUCUUGCUCAUUGAAAACGGCGCAGAUUUGGAAGCAAGAGACAAGGAAGGACGAACGCCCCUGUAUUUUGCGGUGUGUAGCAUGCGCAGUUCUUCUACAGAGCUGGAAGCAGUGGUGCAGCUUCUGAUUGACAAGGGGGCCGACAUCGAGGCAAGGGAUUUGUCAGGAUUGACCCCGCUACAUGCGGUAGCUUUAGAGGGGAGGUAUGAAGAGUUAUUUCGACUGCUCGUCAAGAACGGCGCCAAUGUGGAAGCGAAGGAUAGCAACGGACAUACGGCGGUGGAAAUCGCGCGCAGAAAUCACAGGGCUUACAUGUUGAAGUGUAUCACCCGACGAUCAAGUCGACGCGCGGGGGGAACUUGA